UGAAGAGAGGAAGUUGGCAAAAAGAAGAGGGACUCGAGUUGCAUGAUCGAAGACGAAGAAGCCAUUGAUAUUGUGGGCUUCCGCGUGAAACGCUGGCGUUGCACCACAUUUCUGCUACAAGCUGAACUGCUUCUAUCAGACCUCAGGAUCAGGGCUCCUUGGGGGCGCAUCUGCCAACAUAAUUUUGAAGCAAUGCGGCUCCUCGCCUACUCAUAAACGCUCCAAAUAGGAAGGUGCCGCUAGAGCUCGUGCAUCAUGAGGACCUUUGAGGACGUCUACGGACUGUGGCUCAGCAGCAAAUGCCCCGUUGCCGGGGCGCCAACGCUAGAAGCGGCACUCGUAAUUUUGGGCUACAUAACCUUCCUGGCGAUCGCUGGCGCCAUUCUUCCUGGAAAGACGUAUGCUGGAACGGUCCUUGCUGAUGGCAGCCGGAUCUCCUACAAAUGCAACGGUUUCCUGUUGCUCCUCGUCCUUUUGGCCAGCCUUGGGGGCCUGGUGCUGACUGGCGUCGUAGAUCCCAAGUACAUAGCACGAAAUAGAGGGGCCCUGUUUACGACCGACCUCGCCAUCGCUUUUGCGUUGUCGUGCAUCUUGUAUGUCCAAGGCCUGUCGUCCAGCAGCAAAGCCGCGUCGUUCGAGCCGCACGUGACCAGCAAUCCGCUACAAGAUUGGUGGUGCGGCGUUCAACUCAACCCACGCUUUCUAGGCCUCGACAUAAAGUUCUUCUGGUACCGCCCCUCGAUGAUGGGUUGGCUCCUCAUUAACAUCUCUCUGGCCGCCCAACAACUAGACGUGCGGGGAUCCGUCUCGCUGCCCAUGAUCCUUUACCAGGCCUUUACCGCCUUCUACAUAUUUGACUACUUCUGGCACGAGGAGUAUGUGACCUCCACCUGGGACAUCAUUGCGGAACACUUUGGCUUCAUGCUCGUCUUUGGGGACAUCGUGUGGAUCCCGUUCACCUUCUCCAUCCAGGGCUGGUGGCUUCUUCAACACGACCCGCCCCUCUCGCCGUUUGCCGCUGCUAUUUUAGUCGCCCUUUUCCUAGCUGGGUACGCCAUCUUCCGGGGUUGUAACAGUCAAAAACACGAGUUCAAGCGGGACCCGACAGCCCCCAUAUGGGGCCGUAAACCGGAGCUAGUGGGGGGCAAGCUUCUAGUCUCGGGCUACUGGGGCCUUGCGCGGAAGUGUAACUAUCUGGGCGAUCUCAUGCUCGCCUUCUCUUACUCGCUGCCAUGCGGUUUCAGCUCCAUCAUUCCGUACUUCUAUCCGACCUACCUUUUGAUUCUUUUGAUAAACCGUCAAAUGCGAGACGAGGCCCGUUGUCAAGCGAAGUACAAAGAGGUGUGGACAGAGUACUGCAAAAGAGUUCCUUAUCGGAUAGUGCCGUACGUCUUCUAGGAUUUUUUGAAAGAAUAAACUAAGCUUGGAGUUGGACAGUCUCUCUAAGUAGAGUAGAAGGCUCUAAGAGCCUGGUAAAAGUUGACAGUUCGUACCUCAGCAAGGUAGGAAUGAGACCGGGGUAAGUGCGGCACGGGCGCAUUCGAACCAUUGAAAGUUAGGCUUAGGCUGUGAGCUCUACACGACUCACUGCAGACAAUUGUGUUGAGGUCCCUUUGUAGAUUGGAGCUAAGGCGAGAGAUGGUCGAAAAAGACCGUAUGUGAGCUUAUCCAAUUCUAGGCAGCCGAACUAGCUGCGUGAUGAUGUUGCAGCUCAAAUCGGGCUCGUGGGGCCGCCUUUGAAUUUGAACCGCUUCUGGGCCAGAAACUUGUCCAAUCAUUGAAUUGUCCAGGCUGACGGUUCUGGCGGCCGCGCCUGCCCAGGAUCUGCAUGCAUGCCA